GGCAGAGCCAAUUCAACAGACAGAAAACAUCCGAGGACCGUGAGGCCACAAAAUGACCAGUGCUGGCUUUGUAUUUGUCCUAUUUCCCCUCUUCCAUGUCUUGCUGAGUGCGGAUAUGACAGGCUUAUACGGCAGCUUCACCUCCCCCGACUUCCCGCGGCCAUACCCCGAUAACACGCACGCGGUGUGGAACAUCAGCGUCCCACAGGGCCACGGGGUCAAACUCUACUUCACCCACUUCAGCCUGGAACCCUCCAACCUGUGCGAGUAUGACUACGUUCAGGUUUUAGCGGAAGGGAACGACACAGUGCGUUUCUGUGGAGACGAAGCGAAGCGCCAUGAUGGCACCCCGAGGAACACCGUCAUCCUGUCAGCCGGCAACCGCAUGUCAGUGGUCUUUAGGAGCGACUACUCUAACGAGGAGCGAUUCACCGGCUUCCAAGCAUUUUACACCUCAGAAGACAUCGACGAAUGCCGGUCCAGUGUGCACGAGGACAGAGUGUGCGACCAUUUUUGCCACAACUACAUUGGCGGGUAUUAUUGCACAUGCAGACCAGGAUAUUUGCUCCAUAGAAACAAAAGAUCUUGUACAGUACCAUGCCACAGCCAGGUGUUGACCAACCUAUCAGGUGUUCUGACCAGUCCCGGUUACCCGAGCCCAUACCCAUCCAUGACUCACUGCAACCACACCAUACGUCUUCCCGAGGGCUACGAAAUAACUCUGGACUUCAUGGAGCCCUUUGACAUAGAGGGACAUCCAGAUGCCCCGUGUCCCUACGACAUGUUAAAGAUUUCGACAGCCGGACGAGAGUACGGACCCUUCUGCGGGUCGACAUCACCGCGCCGCAUCGAAACAAGAAGUUACCAAGUGAAGGUAGCAUUUAGAUCUGACUUGAGUGGAGAAAACAAAGGAUGGAAGAUCAUCUACAACAGCACCAAUACUGCAUCCCUCACUAUUUCAUAGUCAUACAGUAAUUACUAUUUUAAUUUUAGCAUCACAUUCUAGUCAAUAUACAGUAGUACCUCAAUUUACGAGCUCAGUUAGUACACUUGUAUCUCAGAUCAGCUGCGCCCUUUGGAAUAAAUUGAUAUCAAUUUAAUCAGUGCCGGAGCCCCCAAAACUGCAAAAUGUGGACGAUAUUGCGGCAUUAUGAUAUUCCAUCUAAGAUCUUUAUGAUGAUCCUGGUUCUGUAUGACAGCUUUUAGGCCAGGGUGUUGUAUGACGGGAGAAUGACGGCGCCAUUAGAAAUGAAGGUCGGAGUACAACAGAGAUGCCUAUUUGGCCCCCUUCUCUUCCUAGGGGCAAUAGACUGUGUAACUCGGUGUUAGGGGAAUAUAUUCCACCUUAAAGCAGAGUAGAAGUCUCUGUUUGUACUGUUCCAGGACAAAACAAUGAAUAGAGCCUGUAUGACCUAAAAGUGAAAUCCCAGAUUUUUUCCACAAAAAAACUAUUUUUUUUCACCACUUUUUAAAGAAACCAUUGAAUACAAAUGAAAGAGAUAAUUAUUUUAUCGGUACAAAAACUAGCAGUCUGAAAUGAGACUGCAUACACUGCAUCUGUCAUGUCUGUGUGAUCAUGUUUUUGUUUUGGUCACGUUCGGUUUUGUUUUUGGACUUUUUGUGCACUUUUGUUUUGUCACCAUAGCAACCAUUAGUUAUCACCUGUCACGUCACGCACCUGUUUCACGUUUUGAGUCACGCACCUGUUUUCGUUAAUCAUGUCUAUGGUUUUUAAGUUCAUUGUUUUCAGUUUGUCGUUCUGACGACACCCCGCAUUUAUGCUUCUGCACACUCUCCACACCCUUAUGACCCUUGCUGCUCUUUUUUCAUGCCGGUUCCAUGCCAAGUAAGUUUUUGUUUAUUAAGCCACAGUUAGUGUUUUUUGUUGUUCAUAGUUUCUGCCUUUGUGCAAGUAUUUGUUUUCAUAGCCAAGUCGUUUCUCCGCCACUGUGCGCGCUUUUCGUUUGUACUUUUUUUGUAGUUAUAGUGUUUAAAUAAAUCAUGUAUUCACCUUCA